UUCUGGCGUAUGCGCUGCCCACUCAUAUGCAUGUGGCUUGUUGAACACCACCAGCCGCAAAGAGUGAUGAGACAGUUUGGGCUGUAUCAGGAGUGCCCACCAGUGUGGCAAGACACGGACAAGGCGCUUCAUAGGCUUGAUAGGCAGCGGCAGAGGAAGAUCACAAAUUGGCCAGUCCAUCAUAGCGGCCACAUCGCAGCGUUCAAACAGUGUUUGGAAGCGGCACGGAAUGCUGGCCCUGAGCAGAUUGUGCCUCACGACUUCGCCGCUUUCAACAACUACCUCGAGUGGUUCCAUGAGAACACGCGUAUCGAGUUAGUUAAGCACGCGUAUCCUGAGGAGAUCUUGGACGACCCCAUCCAGUUCGAUGAGGUUGGGCAAAGCCAGCACGACACCUUUGCUCGCAGAGGGAGAUCGACUUCUAUUGCUUCCGAGCUGAACUUCGUGCGGAAGGAGAUCGAAAAAACAGCUGAGGAGUGCGAGGUUAUGUGGGAGCAGAGCGGGACAGAUGACAAGCCUGUCGGACCGUUGCGGUAUUUCAUUAAGGUAUGA